GAACGAAAAUGAAAAUAUAGAGGAAGGUGCAGAUAAAUAUAUCUCUUCCGUUAUCGUACUCCCAACCGCCAAACGCCAAAACUCCUGUAUCUGAAAUCCGUCGUCGCCGACUGUCGCUUCCGGCAAUUCUCCGGCGACCGCUUGGCUGUCUCAGAUCCAAAAACCCUCCAAAAUGUACGGAUUUGAAGCUAUGACCUUCAACAUCCAUGGCGGAUACUUGGAGGCCAUCGUUCGGGGACACCGCGCAGGGCUUCUCACGGCCGCUGAUUAUAACAAUUUGUGUCAGUGCGAGACCCUCGACGACAUCAAGAUGCAUCUCUCCGCCACCGAGUACGGACCCUACCUCCAAAAUGAACCAUCCCCAUUGCAUACAACUACGAUUGUAGAGAAGUGCACUCUUAAAUUGGUUGAUGAGUAUAAACACAUGCAAUGCCAAGCCACUGAGCCCCUGUCAACCUUCUUGGAGUAUAUCACAUAUGGUCACAUGAUUGACAAUGUUGUCCUGAUUGUUACUGGAACCUUGCAUGAGAGAGACGUUCAGGAGCUACUGGAAAAAUGCCAUCCACUGGGCAUGUUUGAUAGCAUUGCUACCCUGGCAGUUGCACAGAAUAUGCGAGAGCUGUACAGGCUAGUCCUUGUUGACACACCACUUGCUCCAUACUUCUCUGAGUGCAUUACAUCAGAGGACUUGGAUGACAUGAACAUUGAAAUCAUGAGGAACACUCUUUACAAGGCAUACCUUGAAGAUUUUUACAGGUUUUGUCAGAAACUUGGUGGUGCCACAGCUGAGAUCAUGUCUGACCUACUUGCUUUUGAGGCUGACAGAAGGGCUGUUAAUAUCACAAUAAAUAGCAUUGGUACUGAGCUUACCCGAGAUGAUCGAAGAAAAUUGUACUCUAGUUUUGGUUUACUCUAUCCUUAUGGCCAUGAGGAACUUGCUGUCUGUGAGGACAUUGAUCAGGUUCGUGGUGCCAUGGAAAAGUACCCUCCUUAUCAGGCUAUUUUCUCAAAACUAUCUUAUGGAGAAAGCCAGAUGCUUGACAAGGCAUUCUAUGAAGAGGAGGUGAAAAGGCUUUGCCUGGCAUUUGAGCAACAGUUCCAUUACGGCGUAUUCUUCGCAUACAUGAGAUUGAGGGAGCAGGAGAUCAGGAACCUGAUGUGGAUAUCGGAGUGCGUGGCUCAGAACCAGAAGUCCAGAGUUCAUGACAGUGUGGUGUUCAUAUUCUAGGUGGGUGGGGUCUGAUUCACAACUGGUUAGAAAGAGACAGACAUUUGCUCUUUGAAUGCAUAAUCUUUUUCUGUAAAUCUUCUCCCGUUUUAUCCUAUAAUGAAUUUGUAGAGAUGGAUGCAGUUGCAUGCACUGUUUGCAAUAUCGUGUGUUGCAGAGUUGUUCUACUGUCUUAUUUUUAUCAUUGCUUAAAAAUUUUUAUUUAGAGGGGAAAGUGGCAUAAAUUGAGAAUCGUAAGAUAUACUUUGGUUGGAUUGUAUUGUAUUUAUAUUUGGUCACCCAGUAUCAUAAUAAUAAUCGCCAGACUGCGAUUUUAUUC